AUGAAUACGAUUUUGGACACCUCCAUGUUUUGGGGAAAAUUUUUAUAUUAUUUUUUAGAAUCUUUAGUUUACAGGAUAAUUCCCAAGAAGAAAAAGAAUGUUGCUGGAGAGAUUGUCCUUAUAACAGGAGCUGGAAGUGGACUUGGGAGGUUAUUGGCCAUAACAUCUGGCAGCCUGGGAGCCAUUUUAGUUCUAUGGGACAUUAACGAAGAAGGAAACAUGGAAACGCGUCCAAUGACCAAAGAAAAGGGUGAUGUGAAAGUAUUUGCCUACACGUGUAACUACUUUAAGGCCUUCCUUCCUGCCAUGCUUAAAGCUAACCAUGGUCACUUAGUCUGUAUUUCAAGUAUAGCAGGAGUAGUUAGUAUCAAUGGACUAUCAGAUUAUUGUGCAAGCAAAUUUGCAGCUUUUGGCUUUUCAGAAUCUCUCUACCUUGAAUUAAGACUACUACAAAAAAGUAACGUUACAGCCACCAUUGUUUGCCCAUAUUUUAUCAACACUGGAAUGUUUGAUGGCUGUGCAACCAGGGAUCCACUUCUGCUGCCUAUACUGGGGCAGGAGCAUUUUGCCCAAAAAGUUUCAAAUGCUAUUUUAGAGGAACAGGUUUACUCGAUAAUGCCCACAUUUUUGCACGUUGCGUUGCUCCUUAAACAGGAAGUUAAUCAUGACUUCUCUAUCAUUUUGGUUAUGUGUGAACAAACUGGAAUGGACACUUCCGUGGCUUCCUUGACGGGUCAAGAGAAAGCAGGUGAAGUUCAGACUGAGAACGAGAGGACACAUCUAUAG